AAAUCAGAAAUCCAAACAAUAACAACUUUUAAAAUAAAAAUACAAAUGUUUUCUUUGAAAUUUAUUUAAUUUAAACAAAAAUGAAUGAAGAUACUGCAACAGAUCUUAUAAUAGAAGCUCUAGAAGUAUUUAUCAAUCACAUCCUCUAUGUCCGUGAUGUUUACCCGCCACAAAUAUUUCGUAAAAGAAAAAUAUACGACUGUCCAGUAUUUGUUUCAAUUUAUCCAAAUGUAACAAAUUAUAUAACGGAAGCCCUAACCACUGCACGACAGCUUAAAAAGAGUAAUAAAUUGAAAAAAGUUGAAUUACUAAUAUACCGUGAUGAAGACUGGACCUACGAAAAGUAUUCUUUUGAUAUUUCCGAUGAUUGUCUUUUAGCCAUUGCAAGAAGAGGCAAAGAUCCUUAUCUAUUGGAAUGUGAACAACAACUGAGAACUGCUCUAUAUUCACUAUCAGAAAGGUGUAAAUCUUUUGAAAAGUUACCUGAAGAUGCUAGGUUUAGAAUUCAAUUGCAUACAACACAAAGCGCUUUUAUGGAGACGUGUUGUGGUCCUGCAUCUCAGGACUUCCCAUGGUUGCAAACAGAAAACGACGGUGAUGGUGGUUUCCGGGAGGUCAAAUUACUUCCUAUAUGUACAAUUAAUUCCACCGGUUUGAAGAUAAAUGCCUUCGUUUAAUAAAUUUAAUAUAAGCUGUUAACUUUAAUGUAA